AUGAUUUAAUUGUUUAAUAAUUUGUAUUGAACAAAUUGCAGCCAUGGCAGCUGCUCACGAUCACAUGCAGCCGGGUCCUGAAAGACCGGCGCUACUUUUUUUACAGCAUGACCAUAUCUCUCAGGAUGUCUGGGAUGGCACGGGAUCUGACGAGGGAUUUCUGUCUCGCACUAGCUGUACGACUAGAAGGAGCGCUGUUUUGCCGUUCGCUAGGUUGGACCACCGUAUUCGGUCGAUGAUCGAGCCUACUGGAUUUGCAGGCUGUUUUGCUAUGCGUCACUACAGCGUCGACAUGCAGCUGAUCACAACCCUUGUGGAGAGGUGGAGGCCGGAGACCCACACUUUUCACUUACCCGGCGGAGAGUGCACGGUUACACUACAGGACGUGGCCAUUCAGACCGGACUACCAGUAGACGGUCAUGCUGUUACAGGAGGUAUUGUACAUGAUUGGGCUGCAGUGGCAGAGAGGGUUUUGGGGAUUCCUGCGGGCAGAUAUCCUAAAAAGCCUGCAAAUUCCACAGUCCGGACUUCUUGGAUCCUAGAGAGUUUCCCCGACUUCGGUGCAUUACCAGACCAGGCGACUGACGAGCUUGUCCAUCGGUACACAUGGGCGUAUCUCUUGCUCGCUGUCAGGUGUGGGCAUUGGACCGACUUAGAGUUAUUGCUCCCGCUCUUGCCGAUCCCACUAUUUCACCACAUCUACCACUGGGCAACAGGUGUGUUUUACUGUUAUUUAAUAUUUUUUAAUUUUAUUCUAUUUCUUAAAUAUUGA